AUGUUGUUGCAUCUGACAUUUAUUGUUCUACUUUGUCGUGUGAGGGCGCAAUUACCAGAAGCCACUGACUAUUUAGGAGUGGGAUACAACAUUGUACUUGGUAACCCAGAAGGAACUACAGCUGGAAAUGGCGGACUCGACCCAGGGUUGCUAGGUGACAAGCAGAUAUUUGAACUCACCUACGAUGUUGAUGGAAUUAAUCCGGAUCAGGCCGAAGUGUAUUACACUGGUAACUGCACCGACACAGUGACCCAAGACGUGUUUUGGGGGACCCAGAGUUACCAAGAUGUUCUGGAUUUAUUUGUAGAGCAAACGGGUGUUGUUGUACUGAGUGGCUAUGAAUUUACAGAAAGUGAAGGAUACGAUGAGGUUCACCAAACAUCUAAUGUUCAGGGCUCCGUGUAUGACGAUGACAGACAAAACUCCUACUGUGGGUAUGCCAGAUAUAAAACGGAAGAGGCACAAUUGAAAGAGUAUCCAAUGUCUUCGGCGUUUGCGAACACGAUUUGUAACUUACCAACCACAUAUGAGGAGGAAGAGUACAUGGAUUUUAUAGAUACCUGGGGAACGUGUCCGUCAUGCAUACAUCCGGGUGGUGCAUAUCUGUCAUGGAACUCUUCUCUCAUAGUCGACAUGGACACUUUUGUGGCUACUCUUGACCCAAGCGCUAAGUUUGGCUCAGAAAAGGGGGUAUUUGAUACUGGCACGGGUGGAACAGAACCAGCCGGCCUUAAACUGAUCAAUAUUGCCGAAGCACUAGAUUUGUCGUAUUGGAGGCAGUUCUGUUAUUAUGUUGUUGAUGGAUAUUGUGAAGUUGCUGAUUUACCAGAGUUCUCAGUUCGUCAAGCACAUAUAAUGUCAGCAUUGCAAAAUUAUGCACAGUAUAAAAACCUGGCUUUACCUUCAGAUCCUAUUGUACAGACUCCUCUGACAUGGCCUGAAGGCUCAUACGGGUUACCUUUGGCAGUUAGCGGUUGUCCUGUUGGUGCUGGGUUUGAAUGGGCGAGAGGGUCGAGAUUCCAGGACACAGAGAACGAUGGAGCCAAUUCAUGGAGCACUCCGUACAGAUUGGAAGGACCCGUAUAUACUAACGACAUGCAACAAAACUUCUGUACAAAAACUACUGGUUUAGUAUCGCAGUACGACUGGUCAUGGAGCAAGGGCCAGUACUGCAUAUAUAAAUACGGAGGCUGUCCACAAAACUUUUUACCGAGUUAUGUGUACUGGGACGACGAAGAUGACUUUCCUCAACUGAAUAGCAUUGACGGCACCUUGCCAGACGGGACUUAUGACAGAAAUACACAGAUUAUGUUCUGUUGUCGCAAUGAUGGUGAUGCGACAACGCCGAUGUACUUACCAUUCGAUGUCCCAUUCUUCUUGAUUAAAAGUACUCCGGUCUGUCAGCAAGUUGGUUACAUGGUUGCGGAUGAAGAGUGGUUUAGGUGGGACACUCAGGAUACUUUGAACGAAGAUGAUGUCGGCGGAAUUGUGCCACCUUAUAACACACGCAGGGAUGGCGAAACAGAACAUCAGUUGCAUUAUUGCUAUUACUCCUAA